AACAAAAGUUCCCUAGAAAAGCAGUGGGGCGGGGUGAAGACCCAGGGCGCUUGCGCUCUAGGUGGAACAUUUAGAAAGGUAACAGAAGCUGCCCUCCUUCGAAAAAUGAUGAGUUUGAUUUUAAAAAAAAGGGGGGGGGGGGAGAAAUUAACAAGCUGUGUCGUGUGCUGCACAUGAUCAGCCUUGCUUGCUAAGUCUGUCUGUUGGCUGUUGCUAUGGCUACGAAAAGCCAGUGGAACCCAAUGAGCUGUCUGCAGCCGCGCUAAGAGGACCAGCCAUUUUACUUAUGGGAAGCAUUGUGGCAUAGAGCUUCGCUGUGGAAGAAGCAUUUUAAAAAAAAAAAAUCUUUAGAGAGAAGAGAGCCACAGUGGGCAUGCUAAUGCACAGUUAUUGCAGCCACGUGUGCCCGCAAGCUGGCCCUGCGACAAGCUGUUGACUGGUGUUGCAAUUAGCUGAUUGGAGAACGGGGACUGCGGGGUGAUAAUGCUGCGUAUCCGCUCGCGGGCAGCAGGAAAGGGUUUUGUUUCGGGAAGGCAAGCCUGCUCUGCACGGUUAUCUCAGCAGCGCCCUAGCUGAGAGAACUGGGGGUUCUAAAGGGAGGGGGUCGCCCUCUGCUAGCACAGGUUCUGGCCCAGGCUGUUGCUUAUGAGCCGCUGGUCUGGGAAAGCAGGUGUGUGCUCCGAUGGGCACUGGGCUGGAACGCAGGCGGACGCUCUCGGGUUCACCUGCUUCCUGUUAGCAGACUGUUGGCUCCCAGAGCAUCUGCUCCUACACGCUGAAGCUGCGGCUGAGAAAGGGGUUCCGGGCAUUCCACUUGACUGACGGAGCCACUUGGAUUGGACUUAAUCUUAAACCUCUGGAGGUCAAGACCUUUUAAAAAGGGCUAAAUAAACAAUCUCUACAUGUAAAAGGCCAGCAGCUCCUACUUCCUCUGUUGAAGCAACUGAGAAGUUCAGCCUCUUCUAGGAAAACUGAAGACAUUAAUAACAAACCCCUCAAGGUGAAAAUGAAUACAGCAGUACAAGUGGCAAUCGGACAUCUUAAAGCUCCAUGAAAGGAUGCUCAACCAGGCUGUAGUAAAUGAAUGACUAUGAAGGUGAGGCCAGCACCAAGCUCCUUCAGAGAUGAGCUAAAUGCCAGAGAUAGUAAAAACAUCUUCAAAGAAUAACAUAAAAUAUCAGAAUAUAGCGGUGGGUGUGCUCGCAAACGUGCCGCCAUGUCUGUUACGUUAACAUCUGUGAAGAGAGUUCAAAGUUCUCCAAACCUAUUGGCUGCAGGGCGUGAGUCUCAGUCUCCAGAUUCAGCUUGGAGAUCUUACAAUGAUCGAAAUCCAGAGACACUGAACGGAGAUGCCACAUAUUCCUCUCUUGCAGCAAAAGGUUUUAGAAGUGUUCGGCCAAACCUGCAAGACAAAAAAUCACCAACCCAGAGCCAGAUCACAAUCAAUGGCAACUCUGGUGGUGCUGUGAGCCCAGUGAGUUACUAUCAGAGGCCGUUCUCCCCUUCUGCAUACUCCCUCCCAGCCUCGCUGAACUCCAGCAUCAUCAUGCAGCAUGGCAGGUCGCUUGAUUCUGCAGAGACAUAUUCCCAGCAUGCCCAGUCUCUGGAUGGCACGAUGGGAAGCUCCAUCCCGCUCUAUAGAUCCUCGGAGGAGGAGAAGAGGGUUACAGUCAUCAAAGCCCCGCACUACCCAGGGAUCGGCCCUGUGGAUGAGUCUGGAAUCCCCACAGCCAUUAGGACGACCGUCGACCGGCCGAAGGACUGGUACAAGACAAUGUUUAAGCAAAUCCACAUGGUACACAAACCGGAUGAGGACACAGACAUGUAUAAUACUCCUUACACAUACAACGCAGGUCUGUACAACUCACCCUACAGUGCUCAGUCACACCCUGCCGCAAAGACCCAGACCUACAGACCUCUUUCCAAAAGCCACUCAGACAAUGGCACGGAUGCUUUUAAGGAAACGCCCUCCCCAGUGCCGCCCCCACACAUUCCACCACGACCAAGAGAUCAGUCUUCAACACUAAAGCAUGACUGGGACCCUCCAGACAGAAAGGUGGACACCAGGAAAUUUCGAUCGGAGCCGAGGAGUAUUUUUGAAUAUGAGCCUGGGAAGUCAUCCAUUCUGCAGCACGAAAGACCUCCCCCUCUCCCAACAACUCCGACACCUGUUCCCAGGGAACCCAGCCGGAAGCCUCUCCCAGUGUCACCCUCAACGGAUGGCCUGCGUAGCCCUUCCCCUCCACCCAGGAGCUGUGUCCCCGCACCCCGUCCGAGUGCCCCAGAUCUCUCUCCCACCCGGACGGGUCGCAUAAAUCCAGCUGACAUAGAUUUAGAAAAUGAGCCCUGGUAUAAAUUCUUUUCAGAACUGGAGUUUGGACGUCCGCCUCCUAAAAAGGCUCUGGAUUAUGUUCAAGAUCAUUCUUCCGGUGUGUCCAACGAGGUCUCCAUCUAUCAGUCCUCCAUAGACAGAAGCCUGGAAAGACCCAGCAGCUCUGCAAGCAUGGCCGGCGACUUUAGGAAACGGAGGAAGAGCGAACCUGCAGUGGGCCCACCCAGGGGCUUAGGGGAUCAGAGUUCAAGCAGGACCAGCCCUGGCCGGGCAGACCUCCUGGGAUCAAGUUCCACCUUUAUGAAGUCUUUCACUAGCUCUUCUCCUUCCUCUCCCUCGAGAGCACAAGGUGGGGAUGAUAGCAAAAUGUGUCCGCCCCUUUGCAGUUCCUCGGGGCUCAAUGGCACCCCCUCUAGUGAGUUAGAGUGCUGCAGUGCUUACAGACAGCAUUUGGACGUCCCUGGGGACUCGCAAAGGGCCAUCACUUUCAAGAACGGCUGGCAAAUGGCCCGGCAAAAUGCAGAGAUCUGGAGUAGCACAGAAGAGACUGUUUCCCCCAAAAUCAAGUCACGUAGCUGUGAUGAUCUCCUGAAUGACGACUGCGACAGCUUCCCCGACCCUAAAACCAAGUCAGAAAGUAUGGGUUCUCUGUUAUGUGAAGAAGACUCCAAAGAGAGCUGCCCAGUGACUUGGGCGUCCCCCUUUAUCCCGGAAGUGUGCGGGAACAGCAGAUCUAGGCUCAAGCACAGGUCAGCCCAUAAUGCCCCGGGUUUCCUCAAGAUGUACAAGAAAAUGCAUCGCAUCAACCGCAAGGAGUUGAUGAAUUCAGAGGUCAUUUGCUCGGUAAAAUCCAGGAUCCUGCAGUACGAGAAAGAGCAACAGUACAGGGGGCUGCUCCACGGAUGGAGCCAGUCUUCCACUGAGGAGGUGCCCCGGGACAUGGUACCCACUCGCAUUUCGGAGUUCGAAAAGCUGAUUCAGAAGUCGAAGUCUAUGCCCAAUCUAGGAGAUGAAAUGUUAUCGCCCAUAGCCCUAGAACCUCCCCAAAAUGGUUUGUGUCCCAAGAGACGAUUUUCCAUAGAGUCUCUGCUGGAAGAAGAAACUCAGGUUCGACACCCUUCUCAGGGUCAGCGAAGCUGCAAGUCUAACACCCUGGUGCCCAUCCACAUAGAGGUUACCAGCGAUGAGCAACCUAGAACACACAUGGAGUUUUCCGACAGUGACCAAGAUGGGGUUGUGUCUGACCACAGCGACUACGUUCAUGUCGAAGGGUCGUCCUUUUGUAGUGAAAGUGACUUCGACCACUUUUCAUUCACAUCCUCUGAAAGCUUCUACGGAUCCAGCCACCAUCACCACCAUCACCACCACCAUCACCGACACCUCAUCAGCUCCUGCAAAGGCCGCUGCCCGGCUUCUUACACUCGAUUUACCACAAUGCUAAAACACGAAAGAGCUAAGCAUGAAAAUAUGGACCGACCCAGAAGGCAAGAAAUGGAUCCUGGCCUGUCUAAACUUGCAUUUCUAGUCAGCCCUGUGCCUUUCCGAAGGAAAAAAAUCUUGACUCCCAAAAAACAGACUGAGCAGGCAAAAUGCAAAGCCUCAGUAGUUGAGGCUCUGGACUCUGCCCUUAAAGACAUUUGCGACCAAAUAAAAGCCGAAAAGCGGCGAGGAAGCUUGCCAGACAACAGCAUACUACACAGGCUUAUAAGUGAACUGCUGCCCCAGAUUCCUGAAAGGAAUUCAUCUCUUAAUGCUCUAAAAAGGAGUCCCAUGCACCAGCCUUUCCACCCACUGCCUCAAGAUGGUGCUAUUCAUUGUCCCCUGUACCAAAAUGAUUGUGGGAGAAUGCCUCACAGUGCCUCUUUCCCAGACGUGGACACAACCAGCAACUACCACGCACAGGACUAUGGUAGUGCACUGAGCCUCCAAGAUCACGAGUCCCCUAGAAGUUAUUCAUCUACUUUGACUGACUUGGGAAGAAGCGUAUCACGGGAACGAAGAACAACUCCAGAAAAAGAGAAAUUGCCUGCAAAAGCUGUCUAUGAUUUCAAAGCUCAGACAUCUAAGGAGCUGUCAUUCAAGAAAGGAGACACUGUCUACAUCCUCAGGAAAAUUGACCAAAACUGGUAUGAGGGGGAGCACCAUGGCAGAGUGGGCAUUUUCCCAAUCUCAUACGUAGAGAAACUAACGCCCCCAGAAAAAGCGCAGCCUGCGAGACCACCGCCCCCAGUCCAGCCUGGAGAGAUUGGAGAAGCCAUAGCCAAGUACAACUUCAAUGCAGACACAAAUGUGGAACUCUCCCUACGAAAGGGCGACAGGAUUAUUCUGCUUAAAAGAGUUGAUCAGAACUGGUACGAAGGUAAAGUCCCCGGAACCAACAGACAAGGCAUCUUCCCUGUUUCCUACGUAGAAGUUGUCAAGAGGAACACGAAAGGUGCUGAGGAUUACCCCGACCCUCCUCUACCCCACAGCUACUCCAGUGAUAGGAUCUACAGCCUUAGCUCCAAUAAGUUGGCUUCCAGUGAACAAACAUGUCUUCCCAUGUUCAAUGCUAUGCCUGACCCAGAGAAAAGAGCCAUCCAGGGAACUGCCCAAGGGUGCCUAUCCCUGACAGACUGGUGUCCACCAGCAAACCCAUUGGCUCCAACGCCGUCAUCUCUCCUCGACAACUUCUUGAUUGAAUUAGAGAAGUUUAGUGCUUUAACCUUACCAUCUGACCAGGCCAAACCGAACAUCCUAAACCAGGUCAUCCUUGAAAUUAAGGAGGAGCCCUCUCCUCUCCCCCUCUCACUGCCUCCAGCCUCUGUACCAGUCGAAUCACCUCGCUGUCUAUCACCUUCCUCCCACUCAAGUACUGCUUCAGCUGGGGCCCAGACUGCCAACACGGUGUCUCUUCAGGAUCACACAAAGGAUACUCAAAGCAAACUUGUAGAUCUGAAUAAAAAGAGAAGAGGUUUUUCAGACCCUACCAAGAUCCUUGAAGCCCUAGGUGAUAAAUUUGUGGCCUCUGCAUGCACCAACAUGGGUGCCUUGCCUGUAACUCUUCCUGUCAUUGGAGAGGAAGAUGAAGACAGCCAUGAGGGGCUUGCAUACCAAAGAUGGCUGCCAGGAUCUCAAGAACGAGAUGUCAUGUGGUAUGAACCCAGCAAUACAGAGAUGACACCACAACUGCACAUCAGAGAGGAAGAAGAAGAGGAGGAUGAGAACCCAGACUGCUUAACAUAUUCACUAGGCAUUUCCACACAUCCUAGGAGCCCCAAGGAGGACAUCAAUGCAGCCAAAACCAGUAAUGAGCCACCUUCAUUUGCUUCGGGAGAUGGAACGGCCACGCCUUUCCCCAGCUGUCUGUUCCCUUCCCCUCCACUUCCUUCUCCUCUGGCCAAUGUCUCUGACCUGGCCUGUGAGCUUUUCCAGCCCACCCAGCCCUCCUCACCUCCUCUCCUCCCCAAAUACCCUUAUCAACAGGAGAUGCGCUCACCAAAAUCAAAGGCUGACUUAAAAGGCAAGACAUCUGUCCUGGGUAAGCCGCCUCGGAGCCCAGUGAUGUCUAAGAGGUCCUGCGGCUCACCCGUCAGCGGUUCCCACAGGGUAGGGUCGGACAUCCCCUACCUGCGGCAGUUAUCCUGGCCACCCUGGUUCUUCCUUAGGUGACUUUGCUGUGAUCGGGCAGUAAAGUGAGGCUGAGGAGUCCCUUGAAAUGAAAUGACCGGUGCUUGAAGAGCUAGGAAGUCACAUCUGAAUGGGUCUUGUGCUGCCCUGUUGUAUGUGUAAAGUUUCUCAAAUCUAAAAGGGCACCUCGAAUACUUCACCACACAAAUAGCACAGUGUGCAUUGUUUUUUACAUCUGUCUUCCUUCCAUAUUCAAUUGCUGGUUCCUGUGGUCAGAUAACAUUUGAUAUUUGAUGAUAUUUUUCUACCUCUCACUCUACCCACUGUUCCCUACAAAAAUUUCAUUUUCUUCUUAGGAGCAUUGUUAGAACAUUUAUCUCGAAAACUACUAAUGCUUUGCACUAUUUUGAAUGCAGAGAACUAAAUUGUGGCCAGUCAUAUACCGAGCUUGCCUGCUUCUGGUGAUGUUAAUUCUACUGCCUUUUGGUUCCUAUGGGUCUAUUUUAAACUGUGAGCCAUUUCAAAAUAUCCCACUGCUCGGGAGAUACAUGCCACGUUCUCUCCACGUUGCUCCCUCUGAUACUGCUCCUUGGGCAUCUAUGUGUUCCCAGUUCCCUCGUAUCUUUGAGGUCAGUGGCUUCUCCUUUAACUCUGCAGUUCUGUAACAUCUGCAGAACUUGGACGGAUUCUAAAUGGCACCCUGAGUUCUGGGGAAUGAAGCCAAGGAAUGUGGGGGUCUGCAUCUGUGCAGACCCCAGGGUUCCUUUCACCAUAUCUAAGUUAAUGAGCCCUGAUUUAGCUUUGGCUGGCCUGCCACACAGCUCUGCAUUUCAAGGUCUUGGGGCUUAAUUUUUCGUGUACUCUUUCUAUGUCAUAAAUAUAAGCAGUGUUUCAUACACAAGGCAUUUUGUGCCUCUUGGUUUGCAUAGUCAGCUUUACUGCCAUUGCUGAAGCAGACUCGCAUAGCCAUAGGGGAGACGGGGAUGUCAGUGUGUAGCCAUGAAGUCUCUACUGAACAGCCUUCCAGAGCUAACACAAAUGCCUGCAGGAGGGCAGAAGAGAGAGAACAGACAGAGACAGACAGGCAGGCAGGCAGGCAGGCAGACAGAUAGAGACAGACAGAGACAGACAGACAGA